AUGACAAAUCAAACAAUUAACACUGGCGGUUCAACACUAAGUCAAAUUGGUCUCAUUAAUGCACUUUUUAUUGAUCAAGCAUCAAACAACAUAUACUUAUCGGAUACUGGUUCAUAUUGUAUGCCAGUCUAUUGCUAUGGCUACGCUAACAAUCGUAUUCAAAUUUGGUCACUUGAUCCGGGGACAGUAGCAGGAACAACUGUGGCAGGAAUCGGUGCAUAUAGUGCACCUGGAUUAUACAACACAAUAGCUACAAGUUAUGGUCUCUAUGUAGAUUCAAGUGGUACUUUAUUUGUUUCAGAUUAUGGAAACCAUCGUGUAACAAAAUGGAUUCGAAAUAGUGUUUCAGGAAUUCUUGUAGCUGGUACUGGCAUAUUCGGUUCAAAUCUGACGCAUCUUUAUGGUCCGCGUGGUGUAUGGGUAGAUGGUAAUGGAGAUUUAUUUGUUGUCGAUUCUUAUAAUCAUCGUGUAGUGAAGUGGUCAAUGAAUGCAACAAGUGGUAUUCUUGUAGCUGGUGGAUUUGGUCCGGGACCAUUCUCGACUCAAUUGAAUUAUCCAACUGCAAUUAUCAUGGAUGGUUAUGGUAACAUGCUUAUUUUGGAUUCGGGUAAUCAACGUAUUCAACAAUUCACGCCCGGAAGUAAUAUUGGCAUAACAGUUUUUGAUGGGUCUUAUAACAGUGGAUUUAGUAUGAAUUCUUAUAGUAUGGCGAUUGAUUCAUUUGGAAACCUGUAUGUUUCUGAUUACAAUGGUAUGCGUAUUCAAAAGAUCAAUCUUGUAUCAAGUAGUUCAUGUACAGGUAUGUUAAGUAGUUGA